CAACUAAAACAGAGUACUCUGUUUCAACACAACUAAAACAGAGCACAACACAAAACCCACAAAGGACACCAAAAAUGGCAGCUCGUUCUAUCACAUUCUCAUUCUCCCCUCUUACACUCUUCUGCUUCCUCUUCUCCCUGACGAUUCUUGAUCGUGUUUCGGCUGAUUACGGCGGCUGGCAGUCCGCCCACGCCACCUUCUACGGCGGUGGUGAUGCCUCUGGCACCAUGGGAGGGGCGUGCGGGUACGGGAACCUGUACAGCCAAGGCUACGGCACCAACACUGCGGCGCUGAGCACGGCGCUGUUCAACAACGGGCUGAGCUGCGGUGCCUGCUUCGAGAUGCGGUGCGUGAACGACCCGCAAUGGUGCCUCCCUCGCUCCAUCAUCGUCAGCGCCACAAACUUCUGCCCGCCAAACCCGGCCCUGCCCAACAACAACGGCGGGUGGUGCAACCCGCCGCUGCAGCACUUCGACCUGGCCCAGCCGGCUUUCCUUCAAAUCGCCAAGUUUCACGCCGGAAUCGUCCCCGUCUCGUUCCGCAGGGUUCCCUGCUGGAAGAAGGGAGGGAUCAGGUUCACGAUCAACGGCCACUCCUACUUCAACCUGGUGCUGGUGACGAAUGUUGGAGGUGCAGGGGAUGUGAAGUCGGUGUGGGUGAAAGGGUCGAGGACUGGGUGGCAGGGCAUGUCGAGGAAUUGGGGCCAGAAUUGGCAGAGCAAUGCUUACCUCAAUGGGCAGAGUCUAACCUUUUCAGUCACUACUAGUGAUGGGAAGACUGUUACUAGUAACAACGUCGUUCCUGCUGGUUGGCAGUUUGGGCAAACUUUCGAAGGCUUCCAGUUUUAGAAGAAAUGGGAAAUGAACUUUUACAGUUCGGCAGUAAAAUUUUAGUGUCUGUAUUAUAUAUAAAAUGUGUGUACUGCUAGAUUAAGGUUUGUGUGGAUAGUUAGGCUUGAGGUUUGCUCUUUGAUUUGUGAGGAAUUUUGGGCAAGCUGAGGUGUCUAAAGUUUAGCACCCGCUCUCAGCCUUCUAAAUUCCUCUUUCUUUUUGUUUUUUUCUUUUUUACUAGAAAAGUUACACAGUUGUGUCGUAUCGCAAGAUAAUAAUUUAUGUUAGUGUGUUUGUACUGUGAAAAAAGUUGUGGAACUAAAAGCGUUGAACUCAUGAAAGAGGUGAGUUAUGUAAUAACAAUUUUAUAUAUAU